AGUCAGAGAGGGGAAAAAAAAAAGGCACCUGAGAGCCCUGGGAAGGAGCAGCAACACCUGCAGACCAAGUCCCUUUCUACUCCUACAUGUUUUGAUGAAGAUCUUCCCCAACUGAGUGUCUGCCAGUGCCCUUGGCUGCGCUGUGCUGCUCUCUGCACCCCUAAGUGCAGGGUGACCUACCCUCACAGCCCUGUCUGCACCAGGAAGCAAGUGCCACGUCCCCCGCUUGCCUCGCCUCCAGCCACCUAUCCCUACUGGUGUGGCCGCGCAUGGCGUGGCCAGGAGGACAUGGGCAUCCUCCCCAAAUCAGAGUGGGCAUCCUGGAGCACAUUCUUUGAGGGCACCUUCUCUAGCCCCUGGUACAACAAACACAAGACCGAGCUCUUGGGAGUUUUACUUGCUGCUGCUUCAAAUUUUCUGAUUAGCAUCUCUUUGAGUAUACAGAAAUGCACUCAUCUCCAACUGGCUCGUCAAGCAGAGCCAAAGCCCUUCUACACGACCAAGCUGUGGUGGUGUGGAGCUGUCCUGCUGGGCCUUGGAGAGCUGGGCAAUUUCACAGCCUAUGGAUUUGCCCCCAUUGCCGUUGUUGCUCCACUAGGAUGUGUAUCUAUCAUAGGUAGUGCAUUUAUUUCUGUCUUAUUCCUAAAGAAGGCCAUGAGGGCUGCAGAUAUUUUGGGAGGAACUCUGGCAGUAGUAGGGACAUACUUGUUGGUGACAUUUGCUCCAAAUGUACCCCAAGAGCUCACAGCAAGACGAGUACAGAAUGACUUAGUGAGCUGGCCUUUCUUGGUAUAUGUGAUUUUAGAAAUUAUAAUAUUCUGCAUUCUCCUUUAUUUUAACAAAAGAAAAGCUGUGAAGCACAUCGUGGUUUUGUUAAUGAUGGUGGCACUGCUGGCUUCGCUGACUGUCAUCGCCGUGAAGGCUGUGGCCAGCAUGAUAACACUCUCUGCCAAGGGGAAAAUGCAGCUAACUUACCCUGUUUUCUAUAUCAUGCUCAUUUUAAUGGCAACUUCUUGUGUUUUCCAAGUCAAGUUCUUGAAUCAAGCAAUGCAUCUAUAUGAAGCAAGAGCAGUUGUGCCCAUUAAUUUUGUGUUCUGCACUACGAGCGCCAUCAUUUCAGGGGUCAUAUUUUAUCAGGAAUUCCAAAGUGCAGCUUUCCUGAGCGUGUUCAUGUUUCUGUUUGGGUGUCUCCUGUCUUUCCUCAGCGUAUUUGUAAUUGCAGUAAAUAAAAAAGAGGAGCGUUUACAAGUUCCUUACGUUGACUGUGGAUGUAUUCCUGGACAAAAAUUGACAGACAAAAUACAACCAGAUUCUUACGGUUCAUGCUAUGGCACUUUGAAUCAUAAAGAUGACUCGGGGAAAAGUCAAAGCUGAAAGAAGAAAGCACCUUACGUUCCACUUAACGAGAGGAAUGCCACUGGAAUAAGAAUCCACAGCACCUUUUCAUUGGAUGUACUCAAGUAGACAUUGAAUUCCUGCAUGUUGAUGAGUCAUAUGUUAUUUAAUCCUACUUAAUUUAUCCCCUGGCUGUCCCAAAUGUGUUUUGAAGAUAAAGAAAGCCUUAUGAAAAACUAAAUAUGCAUUAAUGAAAGGAACGUUCUCGAAGUAUAAAUGCCUCUUAGUGACAAGGAAGGAUAUUUUUAGACUUUUAGUUGCCUAGAAAUGCAAAUCGGCACAUAACAAGGAUUUUUAAUAUUUGUUUUUGAAAACCCCCAGAUGUGCAUAGAAGCUUAAAGACAAAGAUGGGAAAUGAGGAUUUUUGCGAGAGACUUCAAAAUAUUCUUCUGCAUGUCUACUGCCUAUAAAAAUCUGAUCCUGCUUGUUCGAGAAGCAAAACUGUAGGCAUAUAUGCAGUAUACAUAAACAUGUACACGCAUUUUUACUGUGUGCAGAGGGAAAAUCCUGAUUAUCUUUUGCCAUCAGACUAAUUCUCUUAUCUUCAAAGGACAUAAGCACUUAUGUGAGAAGGAGGAAGGAGGCCAGCAUUUGUCAUAAACCUCAGCGCACAUACGCAUAUUUGUGAGGUACCCAGCCAAGGUGGAGAUGGGGAAUCGUGUGUGGCAACUUACAUCCUUCCCAUGUCUUGGGUACUGGGCUGGACUGGCCAUAUUUUAAGUUAGUCUAGUCUAGUCUGGGGUUUAGCCACUGUUUUUAGGAAAACAGGGUUUUAAUGAAGGAAAUGCAAAGAGGAAAUGAGGGAUCCAGGCUUCCUCUCUUUAUAUGUAUUUCAGCAUGCAGAAAAAGCUCUGUAUGAUAGCUUGAGUGAUACAAAUAUGUACAAAAUCUUGGGAACUACUAACCAGGGAGGAGAGGGUGGUGAUGCCCUGGCACAGGCUGCCCAGAGAAGCUGUGGAUGCCCCAUCCCUGGAGGUGCUCAAGGCCAGGUUGGAUGGGGCCCUGGGCAGCAUGAGCUGAUGGGCGGCAGUCCUGCCCAUGGCAGGGUGUUGGAACUGGGUGGGCUUUAAGGUCCCUUCCAACCUAAAUUAUUCUGUGGUUCUAUGGUAUUGCAGGAAUACUCCUAAAAUAGAAAUUAAGGCAAAUCCUGCACCCUUACUACACCCAUGGUAAUCUUGCGUGAGGAAAGCCUGUAAAACAUGGGGUCACAAGAGUCACGAUAGCAGCGCAAAUUUUCCUUCAUUAAAUGGUAGUUUCUCUACAUUUAUUUGAAGGGCUGACAGCAAUGGGAGACCAUAGCAGUGCUCAGGUCUGGGAGGUUGUGCUGUCCCCCCAUCCCAGCCUCCUGGAAAGAAAGCUGUUGCUGGGCAUUAAUGGUGUGCCCAUCCUCCCUGCUGGUAGAUCCAGCCUGCCUCAGCUGACGCUGCAAUGCUCAGACACCUCCUCUGAGAAAGAAAGUGCUCUUGAAAAGCAUUCAAUAAUAGCCUUCACAUCUUGGACAAGAUACUUCUUUUGGGAUUGGAUUAAUCUGCUGUAAUGGAUAUGGGCUGUAGGCUGAGCAGAUUUUGUUUUAUUGGGAUAUGAUGAAAUGAGAUCUCCUUUUUUUUUUUUUUUCCCAAGCAAUUGUUUAUUUCAUUUUAAAAUAGAUAGAGCCAAAGAUCCAUGAGAUGGUUUCACUUCAAACAAAGUGCGCACAGCUCUGUAGAUUUUCCUAUGCAACGAUGUCCCAGCUGUGAAGUUUGCAGAGCUGUUUUUUUACUGUGGAUCUUUUCCAGCUGGCAUGGGACAGGGCUCAGUGUCUACACCUUGCUUGUACCAGCUGCCUGCCCACAGCCUUCCUUUACCCUCUCGUAGUUUGAGUUCACGUUUCUAAAGCUUAAGAUACAAAAGGCACCAGAUUCUGUACGCUUUCUGCAGGGAAUAAGGGAGUACCUCUAUGCCCCCUAUGCCCUUUGCUUCUGGUUCGUCAAAUUUAAGUAACUUUCUGAUUCUCAAGUGAGAACAUGUGCUAAAGAUGUAAAUAGGAGGCCUAUCGUUUUUCAUUCUAUGACUGGCGACAUAAAGUGGGAAAUGGAUUAUUUUUGCUUCAUAUUAAAAUUAUUGGCCUUGGGCAUCUUUCUGAAAUCUGUCUCCAUGAUUCAGGAGGGCUGAAGGAGAUACAGUAUUUUCUUAGAGUACGAAAUGAACUGUAAAAACCCAUAACAAAAGUUAUUAUCGAUUUUUAAUUAAUUACUGUAUUUCUUCUCAAAUAACAUAUCUUUUCUUCAUAUGGGCUUAUACAAAUCUGUAAGGGUUAAAAUGUUUUCUGUAAACUUGAAUGUAAUUAAAAUUAUUUUUUAGAGCAAAAUUUUGGCAGGAAUUAUGUGCAAUUAAAAUUUGUGAUUAGACAUGA